UGUCAUUUCCUUCUUCAUUUAACCGGUAGUGAGCUCAUACCCAUGGUGAAAUCGCAUCUCUCGUAUGUGCUAUACAGGUAUUAGCUACAUAUUUAAGAAGAUGGCCAAACCUAAAUUGAUUGUAUUUGAUCUUGAUUACACACUUUGGCCAUUCUGGGUGGACACCCAUGUUGAUCCUCCAUUUAAAAAGAGAAGUGAUGGUAAGGUUGAGGAUAGCCGCAAAAAACAUGUGACAUUUUACCCAGGUGUGCCAGCGAUGUUACAAAGACUGCAUGGAGAAGGAUACAAAUUAGGCAUUGCAUCCAGAACCGGUACCACUAAAGAAGCCGAGGACCUUGUCACCCUGUUUGACUGGGAUCAGUACUUUCAUUACAGACAGAUAUAUCCUGGAUGCAAAAUAAAUCACUUUAAAAGAUUUCAAUUUGACAGUGGUGUAAGUUUCAAAGACAUGCUGUUUUUUGAUGAUGAGUACAGGAAUAUAAAAGAUGUUGGAUCUUUAGGUGUGACCUGUAUACUCGCCGAGAAUGGCAUGAGUGAAGCUAUGUUGAAGGAAGGACUGGAUGAAUUUGCUGCCAAUAGAGGAAGUUAACCAUUCUGUGUUGAUAUAAAAUCUAGGGUCUGUUCUCGUAAUAUACAAACUGUACACAAUACAGGAGGGUAAGAAUGAGAAUGGCUAGCUGAUAUGGUGAAGUAGUACUUAAAGACCUGGUAAAGUGUUCCUACAGAGGUAUGGGUAUAUAGCUGAACUGGGUGUGUUGAUAUGAAAUAUGGUCAUGUUGUCAGGACGUGUAUAUGUUGUAUCACCUUUAAUGAAAUUAUCUUUAGUAAUCAUGCAGUCACAUCUGGCAAGGCAUACCUUGUCAUGCCAAAUUUCUACAAACUACAUCUGAAUGUGUUCAUGAUACUUUUCAAAACAAAAAUCUGUUACUUUGGCAAAUGGCUGGCCUUCAUGGCUUGCAGCAGUGUUCUGAAGUAUCAGAUUGUUUAUUUUAUUGAUGGAAGGAAUUUGUGUACACAUCAUGCUGAUGGAAGGUAUUUCAACAGUUAGAAUUUAAUUAGUUAUGUAAACGUUUUUGAUAAAUUGAUGCCUGUUUUAAUGGUAUCACAUCUUGCCAUAUUGUUGUUUUGUGGGUUGAUUGUAUUUUAGAUUAUUAAUGACAAUUAACAAAUGUGAUAAUGAACUGAAUCUUGAUGUUUGAGAUUGGAAAUCCUUCUAGUCAUAGAUAUAUAUUUACAUUCCUAAUUUGGUUUGCUGAUAUGAACAUACCAAGUGAAAACAACAAACAUAUGACCAUGGAUACACUAUGAAAACCGUAUGAAAACAUUGUCUCUCGUGCUGAUUUUCCACACAUAACAUCAGAAAAAUAUCAAUACGCUUGAAAAAUAGUCCUCGUUUCAUUUCCGUAAAUUAUGUUUUCUUUGUAAUCUAUUUACAUAAAUUAAAAUUAAUUUAACACAAUAAUUCGAUGUUAUUUCAUGUCUCUUUGUUUUAAAUAACAAGAAAAAAAAAAAAAAAAAAACUA